AUGCGCUGUGUAUUGCUGCGAUCGAUGACGAAUCGAGGUUCUUGGAUUUUCGGCAACAAUAGCAAUAUUGUGUUCCGACCUACCACUACGAGCACGCCUAGAGGUUUUGGUGUUAGUGUCGGAUCCGUUUGCUCGAAUUUUUGCACCAAAUUCCUAACUGUCCUCUCACAAGGCCGAUUUUGUGAGACAAAAAAUUCACGUAAAGCACGAAAUGUAUGCUUCCUUGAUCGGCCCUUUUCAUUAUAGGCUUGGAUAAUUUUAACACAUUGUUCGGUCAUAUAUUGCUUCAUGACUGAUUUGUUUAUAUUUUGACGUUAGAAAUGGCACGUUGU